CGCGGCCGCCCCUCUAAUCUCCCGGCGCCGCCGCCGCGCCGGCUCGGCCCGCGGUGAGCCUCCCGGAGCCUGUCCCGCGCGCCGCGGCGGCGAUGACCGGGGAGAAGAUCCGCUCCCUGCGGAGGGACCACAAGCCCAGCAAAGAGGACGGGGACGUGCUGGAGCCCUGCGAGGAGGAGGCGACGGCCGCGCUCAGCGGCGCCUUCACCGGGGGCAGAAGCGGACCUGGCGGCGGCGGCAAGGGUGGCAAGGCCUGCCAUAAGAUCUUCAGCCACCACCACCACCGGCUGCAGCUCAAGGCGCCCGCCGCGCCGGGCCCCGGCGUUCCGGCUCCGCCGCAGCACAACGCAGUGACUGCCACCUGCCCGGCCCCGGCCUGCCUGGGCAGCAACCCUGCCUUGGUCGCCGAUGGAGGCAGCUGCCCCUCGCUCUACCCGGUUCACGAGUGCGUCUUUAAGGGGGACGUGAGGAGGUUGUCCUCGCUCAUCCGCACGCACAAUAUCGGACAGAAAGAUAAUCAUGGAAACACUCCUUUACAUCUUGCUGUGAUGUUAGGAAAUAAAGAAUGUGCACAUUUACUGUUGGCUCACAAUGCUCCAGUAAAGGUGAAAAAUGCUCAGGGAUGGAGCCCUCUUGCGGAAGCCAUCAGCUAUGGAGACAGACAGAUGAUCACAGCUCUUCUAAGGAAACUCAAGCAGCAAUCUAGGGAAAGUGUUGGAGAAAAACGACCUAGGUUGUUAAAAGCCCUAAAAGAGUUAGGUGACUUUUACCUAGAACUUCACUGGGAUUUUCAAAGCUGGGUGCCUUUGCUUUCCCGAAUUCUGCCUUCUGAUGCCUGUAAAAUAUACAAGCAAGGUAUCAACAUCAGGCUUGACACAACUCUCAUAGACUUUACUGACAUGAAGUGCCAACGAGGGGAUCUAAGCUUUAUCUUCAAUGGGGAUGCUGCACCCUCUGAGUCUUUUGUAGUGUUAGACAAUGAACAAAAAGUUUAUCAGCGAAUACACCACGAGGAGUCAGAGAUGGAAACAGAAGAAGAAGUUGAUAUUUUAAUGAGCAGCGAUAUUUAUUCUGCAACUUUAUCAACCAAAUCAAUUUCUUUCACACGUGCCCAAACUGGAUGGCUUUUUCGGGAAGAUAAAACAGAAAGAGUAGGAAACUUUUUGGCAGACUUUUAUCUGGUGAAUGGACUUGUUCUAGAAUCAAGGAAAAGAAGAGAACACCUCAGUGAGGAGGACAUUCUGCGGAAUAAGGCCAUCAUGGAGAGUCUGAGCAAAGGUGGCAGCCUGGCGGAGCAGAACUUUGAGCCGGUUAGAAGACAGUCCCUUACCCCUCCUCCUCAGAACACUAUUACGUGGGAAGAAUACAUAUCUGCUGAAAAUGGAAAGGCACCACACCUGGGCAGAGAACUGGUGUGCAAAGAGAGCAAGAAAACAUUUAAAGCCACUGUAGCCAUGAGCCAGGAAUUUCCCCUGGGAAUUGAGUCAUUGUUGAAUGUUCUAGAAGUAAUAGCACCCUUCAAGCACUUUAACAAGCUUAGAGAAUUUGUUCAAAUGAAGCUUCCUCCAGGCUUUCCUGUAAAAUUAGAUAUACCUGUGUUUCCCACAAUCACAGCCACUGUGACUUUUCAGGAGUUCCGAUGUGAUGAAUUUGAUGGAUCCAUCUUUGCUAUCCCUGAAGACUACAAGGAAGACCCAAGUCGUUUUCCUGACCUUUAACUGAUCCAGAAGAGCAAGAGGCUCUAGGUGGCAAGGACAGAGCUUCUUUAAGCAGAGUCAACACAUCAGUGAUGUGAUAAAAACCUGACCUCUAAUAAAACAUCCACAGCUUCCUGACGUGCCAUUCAUUCAUCUUUUUAAAGUCACUUCCUGUCUGUAAUAGUUUGACACCCAGUGACCCUGAGACCUUCCUAUGUAAAGCAGCUGUGAGUGCUGUGAUUUGUUUUUAAAGAUUUUUACACUUCUUGUUGAAAUAUAUAUCAUAUAAAUAUAUCUAUAGCUAUAUCUAAAACACUCCUGGACCAUUAACGUAAAUUCUGUGUCUUAAGAGAUAUAAAAUCCUUUGAAAUGCGUCACCUUUAAACAGGGUGGCAUGUAUAAAUGUUCCUUUAGACUUUGUUUUCAUCAUUAUGUAUAGUUCUGUAAUUUGAAUGUUUAAUCAACUAGAAGGAAUGCAGUUUUCUGAGGUGAACAGAGCAUUGGUAACCAUCAGUCUCAUUUACAGCCUGUUGCAAUACAUUCCAAGGGAACGCUCCCUGCAGGGAAUGUGGUGCACCCCCACCCACCCCCAGCACCUUGAUAACAGUUGGCAUUUACAAGCUGCAAUGCAUUCCAAGGGAUGCUCCCUGCAGGGAAUGCGGUGCGCCCCCCAGCACCUUCACGCAGCUCAUCGUGGUGCUCUUUGUUUCACCUGAAUCCUUUUUCAGUGGAAACUGUUUGUUACUGAUCUUCCUUUCAUAGAACCUCUAUUUUUUUUUUUUUUUCCUAAACUUGAGUUUAAAGGUCCUUGUUCUAUUGACAGGUACGGUAACAUGCUUACAGCCAACCCUCUCCUAAGUAUCAGCACUUUAAACAAAUUCCAAAUUUUUAAACUUGCUUCCUAGUAAGUGCAUGUAAGUCAGAUUAUUUUUAAUGGAAUAUGGAUGCAUUGGUGUCAAUUUUAAAAAAAAAAUAUGUAUUUUGGACAAUUAUGUAUGUAAUGCUUUCAAAAUAAGGUAAAAAAAUUUUAUAUGCAACAGUAUAUUUGUUAUAGGCUAAAAGUCCAGAAACACACAAGAUUGAAAGUUCUUUUUCUUUUUAAGUCACAGGAAAAUAACUAUUGAUUUGUCUCCAAAGUGUUAAAAUAAUGCAUUACUCAUUUUUGCACCUAAACUUUUUCAUAUUUAUUAAAAGAUGGUUUAAAGAUCCAAGAAUGAAAAUAAAUAAGGGAGAAUAAUGUUCAAAUCAUAACAGUAUCAUGUUGUAUUAGAGACUUAAUUAGCUAACCGUUUGUGUCCUGAUGAGAUGUGUCAAGGAUGCACCUGUCAGGUUGUUAUAGCGUGAGUAGUAGUUUAAACUUAUACCAAAACUUUUAUUGAAAGAUGACUUAUUUAAAAGUCCAAAGUGUCAGCCAUAAGAUUUUUAUCUCUUUACAGUUGCAUCUCACACAGUGAUACCACCUGGCACAUGUUGACAUUUUACUUUUUAUAAGAAAAAUAAUUGAGUUAAAAAAUCAAAGCCCUAAUCACUCCAGUAAGUGAUGUUUAAUUUUAAGAACUGAGAAGCCCAAAGCUAGCAUGAAAUGGAGGCAGACAGUGGCUGAUUCAGUGUGUUAGCUUCUUAGUUCUGUUGUCAAUCAUGAUGUCCAAGGUUCUGAAAGGCAGUGAUCACCGUUGUUUUAGGCUCAUUGGCUUGAACAUGUAGGAAAAAAAAUGAUAAAUUUGCAGUUUUGGACUUAAAGAAGUUCUUAAACAUAUGUGAAUAGUUUGCUGGGUAACACUGGAGAUAGGACUACUGAAAAUUGUUGCACUGGAUUGUACUACUGAAAAUUGUUGCACUGGAUUGUUUUAAGACUUCAAUUUUUCUUUAAUGAGUAGUAGAAUCAGAUUGUCCAUUCCAAAAUGUUUUUUCUCUGAUUACAAAGAACAAGUGUAUCUCUUAUGAUGGUGGAAAAAAAGGAGUUAAUUAAUGCAAAUAAACUUUUCACAAUAUUAGA